UUUGAAUUUGCAGGUUACUCUAUGUUCUCAAUGAUUUUUUUUUUUUUGGUCAAAAUUAACCCGCAAUAGUCUUUAUUUUUGUUGUAUCUGUACAAACAUAAGUACAUCUGGUUUGAUCUGGUUUUAUCGGUUAGAUAAACAGCUUACGUGUUUGUGGUCGUUGUGUGUGUCAACAGUUUGUGUGUGAAGCAUUUCUUCUUUUUGUAAUAAAGGAUUAACAUUCACUGUUAUUCUUAUAUAUAAAUGAACAGUGACAUCAGGUUUAAAUUUAGGUCUAAACUCACUGGUUAGAAAAAGAUUAAAUUGUCCAGCAUCAGUGUGUGUGAUCUGAUUGGUUCUCUCUGCUCUGGUGGGAGUGGCUACUGUCAUUCUUUUGGUUUAUGACAUCAACAAGAUCAAGCACAUAUUUACACAUCAAAGGUCACAGCAGCAUUGUAAUCCAUAGCAGUUGAAUAUUAAUCAUAUUUUCAUAUCAAAGAACAUAAAGCCAUCAGAGAAACUCUGAAAUCAGUGAGACCACAGACCAGAGCCAAACACUCUAAGGAUCUGGCACAUAAGAGGAAAUUGAGGCCUACUAGAGCUCAACGUGUGAAGAGUAAAAGAGAUGUUGGCCACUUAAUUUUACUACAGAGGAGCUUCACAUCAGCGUGUCAGUCAUUUUUUUUAACCGUUCGUGUGGAGUCAAACCUUUGAAGAUGUUUCACAGAUUUUUCUUCUGUUUGUGGCAUCUGGUUGGUGUGCUUGGUUUUGCUAAUGAAGUAUCAGUGAGGAAGGGAAGUUCAAUCACUCUGAACUCUGGUCUUACUGAAAUGAAAGACGAUGAUCUGAUUAAGUGGAGGUUUGGAAAUAAAAACAUGUCACUAGCUGAAAUCAAUAAACAGACUGACAGCAUGACUGUAUAUGAUGAUGUUCUUGAUGGGAGAUUCAGAGACAGACUGAAGCUGGACAAUCAAACUGGAUCUCUGACCAUCACAAACACCACAACUGAACAUACUGGAUAUUACAAACUACAGAUCAACAGUGUGACAAAGUAUUUCCUUCUCACUGUCUACGGAGAGAAGUCUGUGUCAGUGAAAAUUGGAAACUCAAUCACUCUAAACUCUGGCUUUACUGAAAUUAUGGAGGAUGAUCUGAUUCAGUGGAAGUUUUUUGAUGAUCCAAUUCUGUGGUGGUAUGGAUAUGAAUACAUUUUAAUAGCUGAAAUCAAGAAAUGGGUCAACAGCAUAACUGUACAUGAUGAUGUUCUUAAUGGGAGAUUCAGAGACAGACUGAAGUUGGACAAUCAAACUGGAUCUCUGACCAUCACAAACAUCACAACUGAACAUGCUGGACAUUAUAAACUGCAGAGCAAAUAUAUGAAGAUUGAUAUCUUUUUCACUGUUUAUGAUGAAAUAUCAGUGAUGGAGGGAGAUUCAGUCACUCUAAAUUCUCAUUUUACUGAAAUUAUGGAUGAUGAUGAGUUUAGGAGGAUUCGGGAAAAGUUUUUAGAUGAUCAGAUUCACUGGAGGUUUUUAAAGACUUUAAUAGUUAAAUUCAAUAGACGAGUUGACAAAAUUAUUGUAUAUGAUGAUGUACUUGAUGGGAGAUUCAGAGACAGACUGAAGCUGGACAAUCAAACUGGAUCUCUGACCAUCACAAACAUGAGAACUGAACUGGCUGGAGAUUAUAAACUAAAGAUAACUGGAGCAAAGCCGUCAUCAAUAACAUUUAGAGUUUCUGUCAAUUACUCUGUCCACUGUUGUGGUUCUACUGAAGCUGUGAUCCGAUUGGUCCUCUCUGCUCUGGUGGGUGUGGCUACUGUCAUUCUUCUGGUUUAUGACAUCAGAUCCAGAAGAGUUGAACAAGAUCAAGAAUAAAUUCACACAUCAGAAAGUAUUGAAACCUAAAGCAGAUGCUGAACUUUAAAGGUUCUUCAAGUGUGGUUUUUGUUCUUCUAGUGUUUUUGUCAUAAUACAUACAAUGAUCAUUUGAGCUUGCACUCUCUCUUUCCAUGUCAGAUUAAAAAAAAAAAAACCUAUUUCUAAGGCUUUAUUGUUUAAAUUUCUCCCUUAUACAAUAAAACAAUAAAGAGACACACAGAUCUCACGUUACUAUUGCUGUCUGUUUUAUGUUUCAAGAGUCUCUCCAUGUUUUAUUGAAUUUAUUAUGCUGAGCGCCUCCUGUAAAAUUCAGCUUUCAAGCUAGAACCACCAAACUCAGCCCAGUUCUUCGGACUGAUCUCACUUAGUGUGCU